AGAGGGACGUGGGGGUGGGGCAGAGGGACGGCCCGGUUCGGAGACAGACAGACAGACAGACAGGGAGGGCCCCCGACGGCCCCACUGGGGACCCAGGAGUCCGGGGCCAGCCGGGCACCUCGGCACCCAGGGUCCCCCGGACAUGGAGGCUGCAGGGGGGAGCCCCCCGGGAGGCCCGGACGUCUUUGCGGUCCCCGCCGAGAUGGAGGAGUCGCUGCGGGAGCAGCAGCGCAACGUGGAGCGCAUCUUCAGGGUGCAGCUGAGCAUCCUGGACGCCCCCCAUCCCAGGAGCCGUCACAUCUGGCUGCAGCUGCGGGGCUCGAAGGAGAACGUGGGCAGAGCCAAGGAGUUCGUGAAGGGGCUGUGCGGCCCGGAGCUGUGGGAGGAGAUCUACUAUCCGCCGGCCCUGCACUGUGUCUUCCUUGGGGCCCACGGCCUCUUCCUGGACUGUCUGUGCUGGGCCACCUCCGCCCACCUGGUGCCCAAGGGCCCGGGCACCCUGCUGCUGUGCGGGCUGGCCGAGGCCUUCGCCCUGGCCCAGAGCCGGGUGGAGGAGCUGGAGCGGCGGCUGGAGGGCGGUGGCGCCCUGGUGGGGGACGCCCAGGUGGCGGGGGCCUUUGGGGCUCUUCUGGAGAGCUACGGGGGCGAGCACGUCCGGGAGCUGCUGGCCCUGCCCGGUGCCGUCCAGCAGGAACUGCUCAGCCUGGUGCGGGAGGCCGGCCCGGGCCGGCGGGGGGACUACCUGGCCCCGCCCGGUGCCGCGGGCUGGUCCGGGAGUGACAGGGACGAGGAGGAGGAGGCGAGGGCUGGAAGCCCGGAGCCCUGGGAUCAGAGGAGAGAGGGGAGGCACGAGGCGGAGAAAGGGUCCCGCAAGAAGAGGGGGAGGAAGCGAGAGGGGAGUCCCGGGGAGGAAGACCGCCGGGGACAAGGGCGUCCCGGCAGAGAGAGGAGAUCGAGGAGUCGGGCCGAGGUCGAUCGGCGAGCUCGGGAGGGGCCCCGCCGUCCGGAGUCCGGGCCGGAGCCCGGCUUUCCCCUGGGAGUCCCCCGGGCCGCGGCCGAGUCCUGCGGGCACCCAGCCUGGGUGCUCGCCGCCGACCUGCAGGCCGAGGCCCCCUUCACGUCCUCGCUGCCGAGGCUCAACGCGGAGGGGCCCGACCCCCAGCCUCGGCCCCCCGGGUCCGGGAGCCGUUCCCCGGCGCCCCGGAAGCGCCCGCCCGGGAGCCGGGGCCGAGGGUCUCCGCGGAGGCCGGGGGGAGCGGUGGGAGACGGCGACGGCGGCGGUGGCGUGGUGACCGGCAGCCAGAGGUUCCGGGAGGCCCUGCGGGCCCCAUUCUCCCUGAACCUGGCCAACGUGCCCGGCCCGCCCGGGCUGCGUCACGUCAUCAUCGACGGCAGCAAUGUGGCCAUGGUGCACGGCCUUCACCAUGUGUUCUCGUGCCGGGGCGUGGCGCUGGCCGUGCAGUACUUCUGGGACCGCGGGCACCGUGAGAUCACCGUCUUUGUGCCCCAGUGGCGCCUGAAGAAGGACCCCAAGGUCAAAGAGGGCCACUUUCUGACAAUACUUCAAGACCUCCGCCUCCUCUCCUUCACCCCCUCCCGUGUCGUGGACGGCAAGAGGAUCACGCCCUAUGACGACAGGUUCAUGUUGAAGUUGGCGGAGGAGACGGACGGGGUCAUCGUCACCAACGACCAGCUGCAGGACCUGGCCAAAGAGUCCGGCGAGUGGUUCGAGAUCAUCAGUGAGCGCCUGCUGCCGUUCACCUUCGUGGGAAACAUCUUCAUGGUGCCCGAUGACCCGCUAGGCCGGAAGGGCCCCACCCUGGAUGAGUUCCUGAGGAAGCCCACCAGGACUCAAAGUUCCCCAGGAUGCCGGCCCGCAGACCCCAGGCCUCCCUCUCCCCGUGCCUCCCGGCCCACCCCGAUGGCCCCCGGGGGACGGGCCACGUAUCCGGCCCGGGAGCCGGAGUGGAAGGAGGAUGAGGAGGAGGAGGACGAGAAGGACGAGCGGGACCCCAGCCGGGGAGCGUGGAGCCGGCGUCAGGAGCCGGAGGAAGGCGGCGACGGCCGCCGGCGUGAGCCGCGGGAGACGGAGCGCUUGCGGAACCAGCUGCUCGAGAUCUUUUCUGGGCAGGACCAGAAAGUGGACUUUGUCCUGGAGCGGGAGCCCCGUACACGGGACCUCAAUCAGCUCUCCGAGGCCCUCCUCGGCCUACGCUUCUGAGCCGGGCCCGCCGCCGGGUAGACCGGGGCGAGGGCCCCGGCGCGGGCCGGGCCGCCCACGUCUGGAGCUGGGUCGGGGGCGGGCCCGGAUGCCCCGGCCUUGGGCAGGGACCGCCCUAGGCCGGAAGCUUUGGGACUGGAGUCCUCCCUCUGACUCCCUGCGCGGCCUUGCCCGCGUCGCUAGUCUCCUUUGGGCCUCGCCGGCUACCCCUGUCAGUCGGGGGCCGCCCCCGCCGGCCGUGGACCCUGCGCGGAGCCGGUCCGGGCCAGGAGGCGGGCCCCGCCCAAAGCCAAGCGGACUCUGGCCGGGGACUGGAUCGGAGCACGGGCGGUUGCCCCCGUGGGGCAUCCGGCUGGGAGCUGUACGAAAUGCGGGCCGCGGGGGACGCCGGGAGUCGGGGAAUCCGGCUGGCCCGGGCAUCGUCACUUCUGGGUUUUCCGAGGGCUUGCGAUUCAGGUCCGACUGCAGAUAGUUGGCCUCACCCCCUCCUUCAGCUCCCGCCUCACUGAGGGAGGAAAGGGGAACCGGGGAGUCGUUUGCCAGGACGGGGAAAGACUGGGAUGAGUGUCCCGCUGUAAACUUGCCCACGCCAUCCCGCUCGCCCCCCUGGGCUCAAGGUGAGGAUCUAUUCUGAAAAACAGCCCCCCAUAUCCAGUGGGCCUAGGGGGGUCUCUUACAGAGGCUGAUCCUGGGGGAGAAUGGGUUCUAGGGUGCCCGUCCCACCCCGGAUAGCUGGUGGUGUUCCCGAGACUCCGCUUUUCCCAAUCGGAACCUACUGAUUUUUACGGUAUUAUGCGCUUCUUAAGCGCUGGGCACUGAGCUGAACGCCAGGGUACGUCCAAGAUGAUCAGAUUGGAAUCAGUCCCUGUCGGGAAAAGGUGUCCUUUCCCUGUUUUACAGAGGAGGAAUCUG